GUUCCGGUGCCGGUUCCCGGUGCCGGCCGCCCCCGGAGGGGCCGCCCCGCCCCGCCGCACGUGACGCGGCGCGGUGGCUGCGAGCGGUGGGGGCCCCGCUCCGCUCCGCUCCGGUACCGGCCCCGGCCCCCGCUCCGGUACCGGCCCCGCCGCCCCGCCGUAGGCUUCAGGGGUAACGCCGCUGCCCGUGCGGCCAGGCGUCGCGGCAAGGAGCUGUGGGGGAGCACCCCUCUCCCUCAGGAAACACCAUGGACCCCACUGGACCCCCCCGUGUCCCCACCUAGACGUGUCCCCAACCGGUACCGCCACCCCCUCGGCCACCCCACCCCGAGGGCGGCAGGAUGGCCCAGCAGCACCACGCUGUCCCCCCACCGCUCAAGACGGAGGAGGACUACAUCCCCUACCCCAGCGUGCACGAGGUGCUGGGCCGGGAGGGGCCGUUCCCCCUCAUCCUCCUGCCGCAGUUUGGGGGUUACUGGAUCGAGGGCACCAACCACCAGCUGAGCGGGGCACCCGAGUCCCCCCCCACCCCAGCACCCAGCACCCGGGCAAGGCUUGAGGGCAACCACACGGCCAAGAUCUACCGCAAGCACUUCUUGGGCAAGGAGCACUUCAACUACUACUCCCUGGACCCGGCGCUGGGACACCUCGUCUUCUCACUCAAGUACGACGAGCAGGAGCACCUCCACCUGCUGCUGCGCACCCGCGCCCGCACCCUGCACGACGUGGUGCCCAUCUCCUGCCUGGCCGAGUUCCCCAAUGUGGUGCAGAUGGCCAAGCUGGUGUGCGAGGACAUCAACGUGGAUCGCUUCUACCCCGUGCUCUACCCCAAGGCGUCCCGCCUCAUCCUCGCCUUCGACGAGCACGUGCUCAGCAACCACUUCAAAUUUGGGGUGAUCUACCAAAAACUGGGGCAGACCUCCGAGGAGGAGCUUUUCGGCACCACGGAGGAGAGCCCAGCGUUCGCCGAAUUCCUCGACGUCCUGGGUCAACGGGUGCAGCUGCGGGAUUUCAAGGGGUUUCGGGGGGGGCUGGAUGUGACCCACGGGCAGACGGGCAGCGAGUCGAUCUACUGCCACUUCCGCGACAAGGAGAUCAUGUUCCACGUCUCCACCAAGCUGCCCUACACCGAGGGGGAUGCCCAGCAGCUGCAGCGCAAGCGUCACAUCGGCAACGACAUCGUGGCCGUCGUGUUCCAGGACGAGAACACCCCCUUCGUCCCCGACAUGAUCGCCUCCAACUUCCUCCACGCCUUCGUGGUGGUGCAGCUGGAGCAGGGCGGCUCCCGGGGCACCCUCUACAAGGUCUCCGUCACCGCCCGCGACGACGUGCCCUUCUUCGGCCCGCCGCUGCCCGACCCUGCCGUCUUCAGGAAGGGCCCCGAGUUCCAGGAGUUCCUGCUGACGAAGCUCAUCAACGCCGAGUACGCCUGCUACAAGGCCGAGAAGUUCGCCAAGCUGGAGGAGCGGACGCGGGCGGCGCUGCUGGAGACGCUGCACGAGGAGCUGCAGGCCCGCAGCCAGGCCAUGCUGGGGCUCGGCCCCGACGACGAGCGCCCCGACAACGGCGCCGCCGCCCCGGGCUUCUUCGAGUCCUUCAAGUCGCUGCUGGUGCCCGGGAGCCGGCGGGGACGCCGCGGCAGCGCCAUCGGGCUGGGCUCGGUGGAAGAGGCGCUGCUGGUGCCCGGGAAGAGCCCGUCACGGCGGCGGCCCGGCCCGCUCGGCUCCCGCCGCUCCAGCGCUAUCGGUAUCGAGAGCAUCCAGGAGGCGCCGGCCGGCAGGGACGGCCCCGCCGCAGCCCCCGAGGGCGCCAGCUCCACACACAGCUCCCCCGAGAGCCGCCGGCACCCUGACAGGACCGAGAAGCCGGAGCCACCGAAUUUCUCCCGCUCGUCCUCCAGCGCCAGCAGCUUCGGCAGCGCCGCCGAGGAGCCCAGCGAGCCGGGCAGGGAGAGCCGCUCGCCUUCGGGGACCCACCGCGACACCUUCACCGACACCCCCUGGCCGGAUGACCCCCCCGGUACCCCCCCAGGCUGCCGCCCCCUCGACCCCCCCUGCCCCGAGAUCAAAAUCCAGCUGGAGCGGCCCCCCAGUAACCCGGUGAGGCUGUGCCCCCCCCCCAGCGCACCCCAGUAUGGGGGCACCCGUAUUGGGGUGCCCCCACUGACCUCCCUCCGCACAGGGCUCAUAGUCACCCCCCCAUCCCCGGGGGGGGUCACCGCUUCGCCCCCCCCGCCCCGUGUGCCACCCCCGUGCCAGGAGCUGAAGCCAUCGUCCCCUGUGCAGGAGCUGGGGGGGACGUCCCCGAAAAUGGGGGUGUGUCCCCCCCCCAGACAAUCCCCGUCACCCCAAAUGUCCCUUGGGGGGGUGACGGACCACAGCGGGCCCCCCCUCUCCACAGUGACCCCCAAUGCCACAUGGGGGGGCCCCCCCAAAAUGAAGAGCAGGUCCAACCCAAGCGCCACCCACCCCCCCCAAAAAAAGGAGGGGGGGUUUCAAAUCCGGGGUAAACCCAAAGUGGGGUUCCCCCCGCCCCCCCCCCUUUUUACUUUAAGGCAAAAAAGCUCCGGAACGGGUUGGGUGCUGGAAUUUGGGGGGGGGGGGGAUUUUUUUCAAGCCCCCCCCAAAUUGUGUUUGUGUUUCCCGUGAGUCCUGUACAAAAUAAAGGUUUAUU